GUGGCAAUGGCGAAUGCAACAAAUAGCGGCAGUGAGAAGAUGGCGGAGGAGGAGCGGAGUGCAGAAGAACUGAAGGAGAAGGCGAAUAAAUACUUUAAAGAGAAGGACUAUGAGAAUGCUAUCAAGUAUUACACAGAGGCCCUGGAGCUGAACCCAGACAAUGCCAUCUACUACAGCAACCGCAGCCUGGCGUACCUACGCACUGAGUGCUACGGGUAUGCCCUGGCUGACGCCACCCGUGCCGUGGAGAUUGACAAGAACUAUGUCAAAGGCUACUACCGGCGGGCCACCUCCAACAUGGCCCUGGGCAAGUUCAAGGCAGCACUGAAGGACUAUGAGACGGUAGUGAGAGUGCGGCCAAAUGACAAGGACGCCAAGAUGAAGUAUCAGGAAUGUAACAAGAUAGUGAAGCAGAAGGCCUUCGAGAGAGCCAUCGCCAGCGAUGACCUCAAGAGAUCAGUAGUGGACUCCCUGGACAUCGAAAACAUGAUGAUUGAGGAUGACUACACAGGACCCAUACUUGAAGAAGGGAAGGUAACAGUGAAGUUCAUGAAGGAAAUGAUGGCAUGGUUCAAGGAACAGAAGAAACUGCACAGAAAGUGUGCUUACCAGAUGUUGGUCCAAGUCAAAGAGGUUUUAGCGAAGCUUCCUAGUCUCAUAGAAAUAACACUAAAGGAGACAGAGAAGAUAACUAUAUGUGGUGACACACAUGGCCAGUACUAUGACCUCCUCAACAUAUUUGAGUUGAAUGGCUUACCCUCCGAGACAAAUCCCUAUCUCUUCAAUGGUGACUUUGUAGACCGAGGCUCCUUCUCUGUGGAAGUCAUUCUCACGCUCUUUGGCUUCAAGCUACUUUACCCAGACUGCUUCCACCUGCUGAGGGGGAACCAUGAGACGGACAAUAUGAACCAAAUGUACGGCUUUGAGGGUGAGGUGAAGGCCAAGUACACAGCCCAGAUGUUCCAGCUGUUUAGCGAGGUCUUCCAGUGGCUGCCUCUUGCACAGUGUAUCAACAACAAAGUGCUGGUGAUGCACGGUGGUUUAUUCAGUGAGGAUGGAGUGACGCUCGAUGACAUCCGAAAAAUCGACAGAAACAGACAGCCUCCAGACUCAGGUCCCAUGUGUGACCUCCUAUGGUCAGACCCUCAGCCCCAGAAUGGGCGUUCGGUCAGCAAACGGGGGGUGAGCUGUCAGUUCGGGCCAGAUGUGACAGAUCGCUUCCUGGAACAGAACAAGCUGAAGUACAUUGUGCGCAGUCACGAGGUGAAGAGCGAGGGGUACGAGGUCACUCACUCAGGGAAGUGCAUCACAGUGUUUUCUGCACCCAACUACUGUGACCAGAUGGGCAACAAAGGAGCGUAUAUCCACCUUAGGGGCUCUGACCUCAAGCCAGAGUUUCACCAGUUCACUGCUGUGCCUCAUCCGAAUGUCAAGCCCAUGGCGUUUGCCAAUUCUCUGAUGCAACUGGGUAUGAUGUAGAAAUCUGGAUUGCCCAUCUGCAGCGACAUCCUGUUCUGUCUGUCCGAUCCUUCCCAAACCUAUCUGUUCCUCUGUCUGCAUAACCCUUUCUCUGUUCAGUCAGAGCAUUUUCAGAUCAGUGCUGUUGGGACAGGAUCACUUUCAGUCCAGUCCAGCCAUAAAUGGGAUGUGUGCUUUCAUGUUAGUGUUGUGUUUAAAAAAAAACUGGAAACUCCCAAUCACUACCUUGCACAUUGAUGGUUCUUAUUCUGGUGUGAGCCAAAUCCAGUUCAUUAUAUUGCAACACUUUUGAGCUGUUCUGUAAUUUUUAAAAUAAUUAAUAGUGUGAUGAGUUAAUGAUUAAUUCAGCUGCAUGAUUUAGGAGCUGGUGUGAACCAAAGACUUGUAAUGAAACAGAUUGUAAGUGUGAGAUGUUGGUCAGACAUGUAAGGGUGUUGGGCUAUGCAUCCAUGUCGCUACUGAAAACAGCUGUGUGAAUUGACCAUAUCCAUCUCUACUCACCUCAGGUGAGCUCCAAAAUUAUGUGAUUCCAUUUCCGGUUCCAGGUGUGAUUGUCUUUUGUGCAGUCAAUACUGUCAAACUGAAAGGUGCUGUUUAUCAGUAGUCUCAAGAUUUGCCACUUGUACAAAUGCGGUUUAUUUGCAUUACUAAUGUGCAACAGAUAGUCAUUGUUGCAGUUUGUUUUGCACAGUUCUGUAUGCUCAUCUCAUUAGAUUUACAGUAUAUCAUGGAGUAUUGUCUUGAGAAAGUAUUGUCUGGGUUUGUUGUUUUCCAUAUUGUUUUUCCAUUGGGAACUCCGGCACAAUAUUACUCCCAAUUUGCUUGUCACAUGGACAAUACCCUGACCUGCACUGUAUGUGCGUGUGUGCGUGCGUGUGUGUGUGUGUAAUGUGUAUGCGUGUGUAUGUAUGCGUA